AGGUUCCAACGAAAAUACAUUUGCUAUGACAGCAAUUGACCAAUAUGUGACUGGAGUGUCAUCUCAACUCGGACCGUCUUCAGCAACUGAUGACACUAACUCCGAGUCAUUUGCGAAUGUGUUGUAUCGAUCCGAAGGAACUCCGUCUGCAACCGAUAACGAAAGCGAAAUUGACGAAGACGGAGUGAUUUGUGUUAAGGGCGAUCCGCAGAAAAAGAAAUUGUAUCGCGAUGAGCUGGGUUCAAUUGGUGCGGGCCAACUGCAAAUGAAUCUUUAUGCUGACGUCAAGGGAUCGUGCGACAACACGAAGAUGUUUGUGAGACCCUCUUCCGAUGGUACAGUAAAAAAGCUUUGCUGUCCAUUUUGCCUGAAGUUGUAUCCGAAGCUGGCACGACAUUUGGAGGAUAUGCAUGAGACGGAGGCUAAAGUGAGGGAGUUCAUCAACCUGCCAAAACGUAAGUCAAAACCAUUUUUUUGAUCUUUUAAAAAUGGAACC